GAUUUGUUUGUUGUUGAUAAGCUGGAACCUGCUCUUGGGUUAGAUUCAUUUCCUGCAAGUCAUCCUCUAUAUUUCGAGUUAAACAAUCCAUCAGAUGUUAUGGAGGUUUUCAAUCCUGUGACAUAUGACAAAGGGGCCUCGCUUAUUGCCAUGAUCAUUGCCCUGAUGGGAGAGAAGAACUUCGAGAAAGGAGUCAAGCGUUUCCUCAAGAACUACUCAUACGGUAACGCAGAUUCGGAAGAUUUUUGGGAUGCGUUGGAGAACGCUGGUUCCAAAACCAAAGGGCCGAAUGGAGAAGCUCUGAAUAUUUCAGAAUUCGCCGCACAAUGGACUACACAGGUGGGUUUUCCGCUUGUGACCGUGGAAGCCAAGAACUCUUCUGCUUUUGAAAUCACUCAAACUCGAUUCAAAAUGAGCCCAAAUUCGUCGUAUUUCAAAGAGUAUCAGACACCGGAAUAUGGCUUCAAAUGGGAUAUUCCUAUAUGGUACCAAGUGGGUGACGAACCGAUGAAGUUUGCUUGGUUAACUAGA